AUGGAGCCGCAGUGGACAGCCUACUCAGAGGCACCGGGCAAUCGGUACUCGCACAGCAUGACGUCCUCUCCCCACGCCUCGAGAGACGCCAGCGUGUCUUCGCAGAUCAAGCAGGACCCCUACGCAACCCCGUCACGCCAGAGUUCAAUGCCGCUGCAAUCGCCCAGCGGCACUGCUAGCCGCGGGCCCGACUACAACGACGGAGAUGGCGAUGUGCCCAUGGAGGAUGCAUACAAGCCACGACUGAACAGCAUGGCGCGCCCACAACAGCAACAGAGGCAUUCGCAGCAGUACCUGCAGCAAGAGGAAAGUGCCGCCGCACGCAGAUACUCGCCUAUGAACCUCUCUCCUACCUCACCCUACUCGGCCGGCGCACAGCAGGCUGGCCAGAACUACACCAGCUUUACCCCUCAGGCCCAAGCGCAGAAUCAAGGCAACCGGCAGAGCCCGACGCGCAACAAUCCCUACAUGUCGCCGCCCAACAACAACAACUACUACUCUCCGCCGUCUUCCCGACCGCAUGCGCCUCAACUACCGCUCAUACAGUCAAACAUGAGCCCAGAAAGUUUCUACCCGCAAUCUGCCACGGCGCAGCUAAACACAGUAUACAACAGAGACGCUCGAUCGCCGCGCGCAUCUGCCAACUCAAACCCUCCACAACUUCCUCCUAUGGGACGAGGCCCGGUGCCAAAAUUCGAAAAGUGUGUCAACACUGCCGACUUGCAACCCAAGAUCAAUGCCCAGCCGCCUUUUCGUCGCGCCAAUCCAGAGGGCGGCUUUAUUAGUCCUCUGCAAGCCCUAACUGCACACCUGCCCAUGACAUACAAGCUGUGCAAUGGCGGCUUCAACUACCAGUCAUCACGCAAUCCUCGCCGAGUACUGACGAAACCGAGCAAGGGUGUCAAGAACGAUGGCUAUGACAACGAGGACAGCGAUUACAUUCUCUACGUGAACGACAUCCUGGGAUCGGAAGAAUCUGGACACAAGAACCGCUAUUUGAUUCUGGAUGUGUUGGGUCAGGGUACCUUCGGACAGGUCGUCAAGUGCCAGAAUUUGAAGACACAGGAGGUUGUCGCAGUAAAGGUCAUCAAGAACCGGACAGCAUACUUCAACCAGAGUAUGAUGGAGGUAUCUGUGCUUGAUCUGUUGAAUAAACAAAUGGACAAGAAUGACGACCAUCAUCUUCUGCGACUCAAGGACACAUUCAUCCACAGGCAACAUCUGUGUCUGGUGUUUGAGCUGUUGAGCGUCAAUCUGUACGAGCUAAUCAAACAAAACCAGUUCCGUGGAUUGUCUACCACGCUGGUCCGCGUGUUCGCACAGCAGCUAAUCAACGGCCUGGCAUUGCUUGGGAAGGCGAAGCUGAUACAUUGCGACUUGAAGCCCGAGAACAUUCUUCUGAAGAACCUUGAGAGUCCAAUCAUCAAGAUCAUCGACUUCGGUUCCGCAUGCGACGAACGUCAGACUGUGUACACGUACAUCCAAUCGCGAUUCUACCGAUCUCCCGAAGUCUUGCUCGGUCUACCAUACUCGGCGGCAAUUGACAUGUGGUCCUUGGGUUGCAUUGUGGUCGAGUUGUUCCUCGGCUUGCCUCUAUUUCCUGGCUCGUCUGAGUACAACCAAGUGUCAAGGAUAACAGAGAUGCUUGGGCUGCCCCCUCAUUGGAUGCUCGAAAUGGGCAAACAGUCAGGCGAAUUUUACGAAAAGUCGCAGGAUGAGUACGGUCGUAAGCAGUACCGACUCAAGUCGAUGGACCAGUAUUCACGGGAACACGGCACGAAGGAACAACCCAGCAAGAAAUAUUUCUCUGCCACGACCCUGCCAGACAUUAUCAAAAACUACCCCAUGCCGCGGAAGAACAUGAAACCCAACGAGAUCGAGCGAGAAAUGUCCAACCGAGCCGCCUUCAUCGACUUUGCUCAAGGACUGCUAAACCUCAAUCCUUUAGAACGUUGGACCCCUGCACAAGCCAAGUUGCAUCCUUUUAUCACUCAGGCCAAGUUCACUGGGCCGUUCGUACCCCCAAUGACUCUCAAGUCCAGCUCGAGCAGAUCCCCAGCACCUGGCGUUCAGGAGCAACAGCGAUUUGAGGGCAUGAGCAGACAGCGUCAGCAGCAACAGCAGCAGGCCGUUGCGCAGCAGCAACAAGCCCAAGCGGCCCAACACGCUGCGUAUGCGAAUAUGCAGAUGAACCAGUACGCAGCUGCACAAAGUCCUCAGGCUCAGCAAAAUCCCUACAACAUGUACCCUCCAAACCAUCAGGGCGCCCCUCCGCCUUACCCUGCUCAAGCAGCACAAUAUGGCCAGCCGAUGAAUAUGAUGCAGCCACAACAGCCGCGGCAGUACAACCAGCCUCAGAAUCUGUACGCCCAAGCUACGACCCGCGCAGGACGGCAACGAGCAACCACGAUGGAUCAGCAACAGUCGGGACAAUCAGGUAUCCCACCCGCGCUCCAGAGGGUCAUGAGUCAUCUGGAUCCAAAUGCGCCCGUUCGUUUGCAACCGUCACCAGCAUAUUACCCGCCACCGCCUGAUGGCGCCCCUGAAAGCGCGAGCAGUGCCGCUAGGAGAAGAGGGUCGCGAGCAGGCAACUCGAACCGUAACCAGAACUUUGUACGAAAUUUGGAAGACCGGACGCUUGAAGAAGGUUUCAUGGGUCAGAAUCAUUGGCAGUGA